UUUACAUACAAAUCGUCAUUAAAAACCCAGUUGGCCACAGUAGACACCAUUUCCCAGAAUGCAACGGACCUAGCAAGUCACCCCCUACUUGAAAGGUAGUAAAAUGUCACAAGACUCUUACUUAAAUGAGACAUAUUUUCCAUACAUGGCUAAACAUUAUCAUCAUUUAGAACGCCGCACGUCCGCCGUAAGAGUGCACCACCAGUUUAGAGAACAUAACAUUAUUAUACUUUUGCUCCACGAUAGGAAAGUUUGUGUUGAAAAGUUACCGUAAAGCUAACGCGAGAAACUACAACAGUGGCGGUUGCCUUGCCAAGUGUACAAACAUCUAAGACGUACGAGGGCAGAAAAUGGAGACGAGAGGAAGUUAAAGUCGAGUUAAAAUGAUUUUCAGAUACUGUAUGUGGUCGUAUGACAUGGAUUUUUUUUGUCCUAUACAAUCAUACAGAUGAAUUUUUCCAUCUUGAGCGCCGCAGGUGUGUCAAAGGAUGGGAAGGCAUAACCAUGAAGUACACAACCAGCUCAGUCUAAAGCCCAGCACCCUCAAUGAGACAUCAUGCUACUUCCUUUCCUGUGCUCCCUAUGCCUGAUGUGGACCAAAGGAGCAGAGGCAUCAGAUCCUAACCUGCCCUUCAUGGACUACCUGGAUAACAACCACAUGGUCUGCCUGAAGUGGGGAUUCGAUGAAAUGCGGGGGGAAAUCGUACUCAAAUUCAUCGUCAAUACCACCGGCUGGAUCGGCUUUGGCCUGAGUCCCACUGAAGACAUGACGGGGGCAGAUCUGGUCAUGGGAGGAGUCGGCUCCAGUGAAACCUACUUCAAAGAUUAUUAUUCUGCAUCAAACACCAUGCCUGCAGUGGACCGGGUGCAGAGCUACACUCUCCUGUCUCUCACCGAGAGCCAAGGGCAAACCAUCAUGACCUUUUCCAGGUCCUUCCACACGUGUGACGACCAAGACCUGCAGAUCACGGCCCAACCCAUGAAUCUAAUAUAUGCUUAUGGGGACACUGAUGACAUCGACUAUCACGGAGCCCAAGCCGGGGUCAAAGAACUCAGCCUACUGAAUCCCCAGCCCCAAGUUUCUGUGGCAGGUGGAAAGUACAUGAGUGUCACCGUGCAAAAUGUCACCAUCCCUCCAGAUGACACCUAUUAUUACUGCAAGGUCAUGCAACUUCCACCCUUGGACACAAAGCAUCAUAUAUAUCAGUUUCAGCCCGUGAUUGAGCACCCUGACCUCGUUCAUCACAUGGUGUUCUACCGCUGCCCGCCCUUUGUGACAGCGCCCUCUGGGGGCAAAUGCUACAAAGGCAAAGAGGAUGCUUGCUUAGCGGUAGUGGCUGCAUGGGCUGUAGGAGGAGGGGUCUUUACACUCCCAGACAAUACUGGCUUUCCUGUUGGAGGUGGAGAUAACGGUGGAUUCUAUAUGCUGCAGAUCCAUUACGAUAACCCUAAAAAGGAAUCAGGCAGGACUGACAACUCAGGUAUGAGACUGCUCUACACAGAUCAACUGCGGCAGUAUGACGUCGGCAUCUUGACGACGGGCGUGUCGGUAACGGCACACACGUACUACGACAUCCCAGCUCGAGCCAAUAAAUUCCGCACCUACGGCGUUUGUAACACCAGCCUCUUUUCUGAGAUCAUAAACCCCGUGCCAGACCUGCACGUCUUCGCAGUGGGGAUGCAUACUCACCUGGCCGGGAGGGAAGUCAGAAUCGGACAUUUCAGAAAUGGAAGGCAAAUUGACUUCCUCGACUUGGAUCCCAACUACGAUUUCAACCUGCAGCAGACCGUCACUUUGGGACGCACCAAGACCAUCAAGAAGGGAGAUGAAAUUGUGGUGGAGUGCGGCUACAGCACUAGCGAUAGAGCAGGAGUCACACAUAUGGGACUAGCGACCAUGGAUGAGAUGUGCCUUGCCUUCCUGGUCUUCUACCCGCGUAUUGCCAUCAGUACAUGUAUCAGUCUACCAAAUAUAACCACUCUGAACCAAUUUCCUGACGGAUCCUCAAACCAAGAGCAAAUCAUCGCGUAUGAGAAGGCCAUGAAGAAUCUGUCACAUAUUGAGUUUGUUAUAGGUGAUGCCUUUGAUGUACACAUCUACCCAAAUGGCCAAGUCAGGGAUAUGAUGCCUUCGCCAACUUUUCCCUGUAAUGCCACCAAUGCCGCAAAUCAUCAGCGCACCUCCUGGAUUUGGAGUCAAGCAUCGCUUUUAUUUGUGCUGGCAUUGAUCGCUCUCAUGUGAACCACAUUGAAGACACAAAAUAAUCAUUGUAUCUCUAUUUUAGCUUCAUUUGCAUGCAUGUUUUGUUACCUAUAUAAAAAUUAUAAUUCAUGUAACCAUAUGUUUAUUUUUAUUGGUGAAUAAUUGCAGUACAUUUUCCUUAGAUUGUGUAAUGUUUUAACAUAUCAUAGAUUGUAAUCAUAAGUUAAAUGCUGAUUGUGUAAUUGCUCUUGAUACACCAUA